AUGACUCCACAACAACGACAGAGGGUUCCCACAACUACUGCAGCUCCAACCACUACUGAAACUCCAACCAUAACUGCAGCUCCAACAACUACCUUACCUCCAACCACGACUGUGGCCACAACAACUACAGAGGUUCCCACAACUACUGCAGCUCCAACCACAACUGCAGCUCCAACAACUACCUUACCUCCAACCACGACUGUAGCCACAACGACAGAGGUUCCCACAACUACUGCAGCUCCAACCACAACUGCAGCUCCAACAACUACCUUACCUCCAACCAUGACUGUAGCCACAACAACUACAGAGGUUCCCACAACUACUGCAGCUCCAACCACGACAGCAGCCACAACUACAGAGGUUCCCACAACUACUGCAGCUUCAAUCACAACUCCAGCUCCAACUACUGCUUUAGCUCUAACCACAACUGCAGCUCUAACAACUACCUUACCUCCAACAACAACCAUGGCCACAACAACUACAGAGGCUCCAACCACUAUUCCAUCUGAAAAAACAACUUCUGCACCUCCAACCACAACAGCAGCCACAUCUACAGAGGUUCCCAGAACUACUGCAGCUCCAACAACAACUGCAGCUCCAUCAACUACCUUACCUCCAACCACUACUACAAUACCCAGAACAACAGAGAUUCCCACAACUACUGCAGCUCCAACAACUACAGAGUCUUCAACCACUACUCCAUCUGAAAAAACAACUACUGCAUCUCCUACCACAACAACUGCCACAACAACAGAGAAUCCCACAACUACUGCAACUCCAACAACUACAGAGGCUCCAACUACAACUGCAGCUCCAACAACUAUGUUACCUCCGAAAACUAUAGAGGUUCUCACAACUACAACUACUGUACUGUCAACCACAACUGCAUCUCCAACCACAACUGCAGCUCCAACAACUACAGAGGCUCUACCCACAACUGCAGCCCCAGCAACUACAGAAGUUCCCACAACUACUGCAGCUCCAACCACUACUACAGCUCUAAUGAUAGCUAACAGAGAUCCACCUACAGGAAACGAAGGGUAUUUAAUCCUCACGUUCAAAAUUGUAGGUGGUUUUGUUGAAGCACUCAACAAUCCAAGCUCGUAUGAGUACAUCAAACGGGAACUUAACAUUACAACUGAGCUGAAUCGUGGAUACAGAAGUUUUUACAAGAACACUUUCCUCAGGUGUAUUGUCAAACGAUUCAGUCCUGGAUCAAUUGCAGUGGAAACAAACUUGAUCUUCAUAAACCAGACCUCAGUCCCCACCACCACAGAGGCAGAGAUGAAUCUUAAGAAAGGUCUUGAUACCUUCGCAAUCAACCUAGGGAUCGAUCAAUCCACCAUUCAAGCAGUGGAUCCAACAGCAGUGACAUCAACUACAGCUGCAGCCCCUUCAACAACUGCAGUUCUAAGCACAACUGUGUCUGCAACCACAACUGAGGUCCCCACAACAACUACAUCAGUGACGACUACGACUAUGGCGCCUACCACUACUGCAGCUCCAACUACUACUGAAGCCCCCACAACAACUACACCUCCAACAACCACUACUACAGCCCCCACAACUACAGCAGCUCCAACCACAACUGCAGCUCCAACUACUACUCCAGCUGUAACAACUACUGUACCUCCAACCACGACUGAGGUCCCCACAACAACUACAUCAGUGCCGACUAUAACUAUGACGCCUACAACUACUGCAGCUGCUACCACUACUGCAGCUCCAACCACUACUCCAGCUAUAACAACUACUGUCCCUCCAACCACGACUGAGGUCCCCACAACAACUACAUCAGUGCCGACUACAACUAUGAUGCCUACAACUACUGCAGCUCCAACUACUACUGAAGCCCCCACAACACCUACACCUACAACAACAACUGAAGCCCCCACCACUACUGUAACCCCAACCACAACUGCAGCCCCAACAACUACCAAGGUUCCAACUACAACUGCAGCCCCAACAACUACAGAGGCUGCACCCACAACUGUUGCCACAACAACUUCUGAAAUUCUGAUCACCACUGUAGCCACCACAACUUUGGAUACCCCUGCAACUACUGUGAUUCAUACUACUACAAGACUAACAACUACUGCAGCUCCCACUACUUUUGCAGUGCUAACCACUUCUGCAUCAGCAAGCAAUACUACAGCAUCCACAACUGCUGCAAGUUCAGCAACCACUGCAGCCCCCAAAACAACCACAGCCCCAAACACUGUUGCUGCUACUACAACGAAUGCUACCACAACAACUACUCCAAAACCAGCAACCUCUGCAGCUGCCACAAUCCCUCCUGCUCCACCCGCCACUACUCCAACUACAACUACAACUACAACUACAACAACUACAACAACAACAACUACAACUACUACUACUACUACUACUACUACUACUGAACUCACCACACAUUCAACCACCCCUACUACUACAACUGCACCUCCGACGGAUCCCCCCCGACCAGACGAAGGCGUCUUAGUCCUGAAGUUCAGGAUUGUGAGAACUUUUGUGGACGCAUACUUAGACAAAAACUCAGCCGAGUACAAGGCCCUGGCCCUUAACGUCACUAUUGAGUUGAAUCGUGGGUACAAGAUAAUGUACCCUCUGACCUUCCUCAGAUGUAUCAUCAUAGGAUUCAGGUAA